AUGCCCCGUCCCAUAACUGUAUUCGAGUCCAACCGGCGUCCUCAUGGCUGGACACCCGACAAGUACGAAUACAUAGACUAUGAACUUCGCCGGAAUCGUUUGUUAAGAUUACCGCAUGUAAGAGUCGCCGUUGCCCAAGCCGGAGGAAUUCUCUGGCGUCUAUGCAAACAAGAGCUGGCCAGCGAGAUACCCAACGGACCUUCACCCGACGUCCUCUAUUUUGCGGAUACAUCUCAAGACAGAUCCCACACCUAUCUCUUCGAUACCCUGACCAAGCAUGAGAUUGAGAUACUCUGCGGGAUAUAUUACGUCGACACAGACAGACGCGAUCAAACUACUACAUUGGCAUGGUGGCCAAGUCCUCAGUUGUGGGAUUCGUCGGGUUUGGACACAGGAUACUGGACGCUUUCCUGCGAACAAAUGUUCCAGGGUAGGUUGGAAAAAAUACGGGCCGGAGCUGCGGCCUUGCUUACUACCAGGAAAUGGAGGUCAGAACUGAAGUUCUACAAGGGCCAGACCAAGAAAAUACAUGCCCGCAUUGAGAAAGAAUGUCGUCAACUGCUUAGCUGA